AUGGCGUCGGAUGUUGAUCUGGGCAACGUCACCGGCCAUAGAACGGCUGAACCGGCGGCUGUCGUUGAGAACGCCGCCGAGCAGACCACCCAGGAGCCAACCGAGGAGCAGCCCGCGGCUGUGACUGUGGCGGAGACUGUCGAGGAGGACUCGGCUCAGGCGAGGAUCAGGGCGAGCACCUCGGUGAGGGACGAUGAGGCUGCAAGGACGCCUCCCCCGAGUAGUGUCGCGGAGGAGGGAGAUAGAGCCCCGACUCCCCUGCCCGCUGAAGAGAGAAGAGCCCCAACUCCCCCCAGGCGGAGGCUUCUUCGCCAAAGGGCUCCCCUGGUCGGGGUAAGGGUUCUGUGGGACCACUUCAUCGGUCACGAAGAGCUCGCCGAGACCGAGGAGGCGGCCAGGGUAGAGCGCGCUGCCAAGCGGCUUGUCGAAGAAGUCAAGGGUGCAAUGAAGACGGUGAAGUACCGAAAGAGGUGCUUCGACCAAAUUGAGGGCAUCGUCGCCGAGAAGAAGGCCCUGACCGCAGAGGUAGACCGCCUGCGGUCGGAGGGCGAGGAGAAGGCGGCCGAGGCGGCAGAUCAGGAGGAGCGUCUGCUCGAUCUGAAUCGGCGACUAGCCGACAAGGAUCGGGAGAAGAAAGAUCUGGAGGAGGAGAUUGAGCGCCUCCGAGGAGAAAGGGAGCGACUCGACCAGGAGCGUACUGGCGCACUGGAGGCCGGGCGCCAGGCUGGCGAGGAGCUAAGGAACAAGAGUCGGGAGUUGGCUGUGCUUAAAGUUAAUACUAAGAAGCAUCUCAACGAGCUGGUCAAGGAUCGGGACUCAUGGAAGACCAACUGUAUCAAGAUCUAG